AUGCUGGGCAAACUUAUCCCACAAGGCUCAAAUGAGGGCCAUGUUCCUUAUGAGGAUCCUGGCAAGAGGAACCUGGUGCAGGAGGUGUCCAUUAAGGAACCGCGACUGUUCAAUCGUGGUGGUGACGUGAAGAUUGCCGCCCUGGACUGCGGCCUGAAAUACAACCAGAUCCGCUGCUUGUGCCAGAGAGGGGCCGAGGUGACCGUACUGCCCUGGGACUCUUCGAUCAGCAGUGCAGACUUCGAUGGGCUCUUCCUCAGUAAUGGCCCUGGAGAUCCGCUCUUCUGCCAGGAGUCCGUCCAGAACAUCCGACGCUUCAUGAACGAAGACCAACCAAAGCCGGUGUUUGGGAUCUGUCUUGGGCACCAGAUUCUUGUCCUGGUCAUCGAGGCCAAGACCUACAAGAUGAAGUAUGGGAACCGAGGCCACAACCAGCCAUGUAUCCAUGAGGGCUCCCGGAGAUGCUUCAUCACCUCUCAGAUCAUGGCUAUGCCGUCGACCCCAAAACCUUACCAGAUGCUGGUCACCACUCUUCACCAAUGCCAAUGAUGAGUCCAACGAGGGCAUCGUUCAUGACUCCAAACCGUUCUUCAGUGUGCAGUUCCACCCUGAGCAUCGUGCUGGCCCCAUGGACUUGGUGUGUUUGUUUGACGUCUUCUUGGACACUGUGAGGGAGUUGAAGGCUGGGAAAGUUGAAGUCGUCACAGUGAAGCAGCGGCUGAAUGAUCUCCUCACAUACAAGGACUCUCCCACGGAGUCGGAGCUGAUUUCCUGCAGACCUCGUAAAGUGCUGAUCCUGGGCUCUGGGGGACUCUCUAUUGGCCAGGCCGGGGAGUUUGACUAUUCGGGAUCCCAUGCCAUUAAAGCACUGAAGGAGGAAAACAUCCAGACGGUGCUGAUUAACCCCAAUAUUGCCACGGUGCAGACCUCCAAGGGGCUUGCGGACAAGGUGUACUUCCUUCCAAUCACGGCGGAGUAUGUAACACAGGUAAUAAAGAACGAGAGGCCAGAUGGCAUUCUCCUGACGUUUGGCGGUCAGACAGCUCUGAACUGCGGGGUGGAGCUGACGAAACGUGGGGUGCUGGUGAAGUAUAAUGUGCGUGUCCUGGGCACCCCAGUGAAGUCCAUUGAGAUGACGGAAGAUCGGAAGAUCUUCGUGGAGAAGAUGGAGGAGAUUGGGGAACAUGUGGCACCAAGUGAGGCUGCCUUCUCGCUAGAGCAGGCUCAGGCUGCCGCAGACCGUCUGGGGUACCCGGUCUUGGUACGUUCGGCCUACGCACUGGGUGGACUGGGCUCUGGUUUUGCCAACACAAAAGAGGAGCUGACUUCCCUGGUGUGCCAAGCCUUUGCCCACACAACGCAGGUCCUGGUGGACAAAUCGCUGAAGGGAUGGAAGGAGAUUGAGUAUGAGGUGGUGAGAGACGCCUACAACAACUGCGUAACGGUGUGUAACAUGGAGAACGUGGACCCUCUAGGUAUCCACACCGGAGAGUCCAUAGUGGUGGCGCCCAGCCAGACACUGAACGACCACGAGUACAACAUGCUACGCAACACUGCCAUCAAGGUGAUCCAGCACCUGGGCAUCGUGGGAGAGUGUAACAUCCAGUAUGCGCUGAACCCGCAGUCUGAGCAGUAUUACAUCAUCGAGGUAAAUGCGCGGCUCUCCCCGCAGCUCCGCCCUGGCAAGCAAGGCCACCGGAUAUCCCCUGGCAUAUGUGGCGGCCAAACUGGCAUUGGGAAUCCCUCUUCCAGUUCUCAGGAACUCGGUCACCAACUCCACUACAGCUAACUUUGAACCCAGCUUGGAUUACUGCGUGGUGAAAGUCCCCCGCUGGGAUCUUAGCAAAUUCCUGCGAGUCAGCACCAAGAUUGGCAGCUCCAUGAAGAGUGUUGGUGAGUACAUAGGUUGGGUCAGGGGCGGACUGACAACUCAUGGGCCCCCGGGCAAUAGGAAAUCAUGGGGCCACUGUGUCCUUGCCCACAUUCAAACCACACCCAGAGCUGGAGACCCCCACGGACAAGCGGAUAUUUGUGCUGGCAGCAGCGCUGCGGGCAGGAUACACCAUCGAACGCCUGUACGAACUAACGAAGAUCGACCGCUGGUUCCUCCACAAAAUGAAGAACAUCACCGACCACGUUUCCACAUUGGAGUCCUGCCAGGACAAGACCACCAUGACCCGGGAUGUACUUCUCCGCGCCAAACAGCUGGGCUUCUCCGACAAGCAGGUGGCGAUGGCUGUGCAGAGCACGGAGCUCGCCGUCCGGAAGUUGAGGCAGGAAUGGCAGAUUCUGCCGGUGGUGAAGCAGAUUGACACGGUGGCCGCUGAGUGGCCGGCACAGACCAAUUACCUGUACCUGACCUACAACGGCACGCAGCACGACCUACAAUUUGAGGAGCCGCACGUCAUGGUGAUCGGCUCCGGUGUCUACCGCAUCGGCAGCAGCGUGGAGUUUGACUGGUGUGCGGUGGGCUGUAUCCAGGAAUUGCGCAAGAUGGGCUUCAAGACAAUCAUGGUGAAUUAUAACCCGGAGACGGUCAGCACCGACUAUGACAUGUGCAACAGACUCUACUUUGACGAGAUCUCCUUUGAGGUGGUGAUGGACAUCUAUGAGCUGGAGAACCCCGAGGGGAUCAUCCUGUCCAUGGGGGGCCAGCUACCCAACAACAUAGCCAUGUCCCUGCACCGACAGCAGUGCCGUGUCCUGGGCACCUCGCCUGACUCCAUCGACUCUGCCGAAAACCGCUUCAAGUUCUCCCGUCUGUUGGACACCAUCGGGAUCAGCCAACCGCAGUGGAAGGAGCUGUCUGAUAUGGAGUCUGCCCUGCAGUUCUGUAACUCGGUGGGGUUCCCCUGCGUGGUGCGCCCGUCCUAUGUUCUGAGUGGGGCGGCGAUGAAUGUUGCCUAUUGCGACGAAGAUCUGGAGAAAGUUCUCAGCAACGCCGUGGCUGUGUCCAAAGAACAUCCUGUAGUCAUCUCCAAAUUCAUCCAGGAAGCCAAGGAGAUAGAUGUGGAUGCCGUGGCCUGUGAUGGGGUGGUGGUAGCCAUCGCUAUCUCUGAGCAUGUUGAGAAUGCCGGAGUCCACUCUGGAGAUGCCACACUGGUCACUCCUCCUCAGGACAUCACCCCGAAAACCCUGGAGAGGAUCAAAGCCAUCAUCCAUGCGGUGGGGCUAGAGCUCCAGGUGACCGGACCCUUCAACCUGCAGCUCAUUGCCAAGGAUGACCAGCUGAAAGUGAUAGAGUGCAAUGUCCGAGUCUCUCGCUCCUUCCCAUUCGUCUCCAAAACGUUGGGGGUGGACAUGGUGGCUCUGGCCACACAGGUGAUCAUGGGAGAAGAGGUUGAGCCAGUUGGACUAAUGACGGGGACAGGAAUUGUGGGUGUGAAGGUGCCUCAGUUCUCCUUCUCUCGGUUGGCCGGAGCAGAUGUGGUUCUCGGGGUGGAGAUGACCAGCACGGGUGAGGUGGCCUGCUUCGGAGAGAACCGUUAUGAAGCCUAUCUGAAGGCCAUGCUGAGUACCGGCUUCAAGAUUCCACAGAACAACAUUCUGUUGACCAUUGGGAGCUACAAGAAUAAGAGUGAGCUCCUGCCCACUGUGCGGGCCCUGGAGAGCCUCGGGUACAGCCUGUAUGCCAGUCUUGGCACCGCCGACUUCUAUACUGAACAUGGAAUCAAGAUUAAGGCGAUGGAUUGGGUCUUUGAAGAUCCAGACAGUGAUGGACCCACGAAGGAGAAGCAGAGGAGCAUUAUGGACCAUCUGUCCGAGAACCACUUCGAUCUGGUUAUCAACCUAUCCAUGAGAAAUUCUGGUGGUCGCAGGCUUUCCUCCUUUGUCACCCGCGGGUACCGCACUCGCCGCUUGGCUGUAGAUUACUCCGUUCCCCUGAUCAUUGACAUCAAGUGCACCAAACUGUUUGUUGAGGCUCUGCGUCAGAUUGGAGCCUUCCCUCCCGUGAAGACCCACGUGGACUGUAUGACCUCCCAGAAGCUCAUCCGUCUUCCAGGUCUGAUUGAUGUACAUGUACAUCUCCGCGAACCUGGUGCCACCCACAAAGAAGACUUCUCUUCUGGCACCGCUGCAGCUCUGGCAGGAGGUGUCACUAUGGUGUGCGCCAUGCCUAACACCAGUCCGGCUAUCACCGAUGCCGCUACCUUCUCCCUGGCUCAGAAGUUGGCAGAGGCUGGUGCCAGAUGUGACUUUGCCCUGUUCCUGGGUGCCUGUUCAGAGAAUGCCGGGUCCCUCUCCUCCAUUGCCAGUUCAGCGGCUGGACUGAAGAUGUAUCUGAAUGACACGUACUCUCAGCUCAAGAUGGACAAUGUCUCUUUGUGGAUGGAGCAUUUUGAGAAGUGGCCGUCUCACUUGCCGAUUGUGGCUCAUGCAGAGAACCAGACUGUUGCAGCAAUUCUGAUGGUGGCUCAGUUGUAUAAGCGGUCGGUGCAUAUCUGCCAUGUGGCUAAGAAGGAAGAGAUCCUGAUCAUUAAGGCUGCCAAGCAGAAAGGCAUCAAAGUUACCUGUGAGGUGGCGCCCCAUCACCUCUUCCUCUGUCUGGAUGACCUUGACCGACUGGGGGACAAGAGAGGGCAAGUACGUCCCAUGCUGGGGACCAGAGAGGACAUGCAGGCCUUGUGGGACAACCUGGACAUCAUAGACUGCUUUGCCACCGAUCAUGCCCCCCACUCUGUGGAGGAGAAAGAAGGGCCAAACCCUCCCCCUGGGUAUCCUGGCCUGGAGACUAUGCUUCCCCUACUGCUCACUGCUGUCAGCGAGGGACGACUGAUGAUAGAUGACAUAAUCAAGCGCCUAUAUGACAACCCUCGCAAAAUAUUCUCGCUGCCAGUCCAAGAGAAUACCUAUAUCGAGGUGGAUUUGGAACAUGAGUGGGUUGUCCCAAAGUCUAUGCAGUUCACCAAAUCCAAGUGGACUCCGUUUGAGGGAAUGAAGUUGAAGGGAGCUGUGCGUAGAGUUGUCCUGCGGGGUGAAGUUGCGUACAUUGAUGGACAGGUCCUCGUGCCGGCUGGUUACGGUCAGGAUGUCCGGAAGUGGACUCUUCCACUGGCUACUCAGACUGUUCCCGCCCAGAAUAAAAGUGAAGCCAUUCGGAGCCGGGCUCCCAGCCCACGGAGAGCUGCCCCUGCUGCUGAUCCCCGCUUCCAUCUGCCACCAAGAAUCCACCGCUCCUCUGACCCCGGCCUACCAGGUGAGGUGAUGCCAUGCACUAACCUUCAUCACGCUGUAUUUUCAGAUCUGUCGUCUAUUCAGGAUGGUUAUUCCUACCCGCCUCCCAUCCCCCGGCUCAUGUCCCCUCAGAACAUGGCGAUACAGAGUAUCCCCCAUGUACAGACCUCACCUCUCCUCCACCCCCUCAUUGGACAACACAUCCUGUCCGUCAGACAGUUCUCCAAGGACCAGAUGUCCCACCUGUUCAACGUGGCUCACACACUGCGAAUGUUGGUACAGAAAGAGCGGAGCGUCGAUAUAUUGAAGGGUAAGGUCAUGGCCUCCAUGUUCUUCGAGGCCAGUACGCGGACCAGCAGUUCCUUUGCAGCAGCCAUGCAGCGUCUGGGAGGGUCAGUGCUCACUUUCUCAGAGACGACAUCAUCCUCCCAGAAGGGCGAAUCUUUGACAGAUUCUGUGCAGACGAUGAGCUGUUACUCAGACGUUCUGGUGGUGAGACACCCCGGAGCCGGGAGCGGUGGAGCUGGCCGCCAAACACUGCCGCAAGCCGGUCAUAAAUGCUGGAGAUGGGGUAGGGGAGCACCCAACACAGGCACUGCUGGAUAUAUUCACCAUACGGGAGGAGCUAGGGACUGUCAAUGGGAUGACUAUCACCAUGGUUGGGGAUCUGAAGCACGGCCGUACGGUUCAUUCUUUGGCCUGCCUCCUCACCCAAUACCGUGUUAACCUGAGGUAUGUCACACCACGCAGCUUGAGGAUGCCCUCUAAGAUCAUCCACUUUGUGGCUUCCAAAGGAAUCAAACAGGAAGAGUUUGACAGCAUUGAGGAGGCUCUGCCAGACACGGAUGUCCUCUACAUGACCCGCAUACAGAAAGAACGGUUUGACAGCAAGGAGGAGUAUGACCGGUGCUUUGGCCAGUUUAUCCUCACCCCACACAUCAUGACCCGGGCCAAGAAGAAGAUGGUGGUCAUGCACCCAAUGCCACGAGUUAAUGAGAUCAGCUUUGAAGUAGAUUCGGAUCCUCGCGCCGCCUACUUCCGCCAGGCUGAGAAUGGUAUGUUCGUACGUAUGGCGCUACUGGCCACGGUCCUGGGGAAGUAUUGA